AUGUCGUUGAGGCUUGGUUUUGUGCCAACCCUUGUGGUUUCUUCGGCACGGCUAACAAAAGAGGUUAUGAAAACCCAUGACCUCACAUUUUGUAGCAGGCCUAGGCUGGUUGGCCAGCAGAAGCUGUCUUAUAAUGGCUCAGAUGUGGCUUUUUCACCCUAUAAUGAUCAUUGGAGGGAGAUGAAAAAGAUUUGUAUUCUUAAUCUUUUCAGUGCCAAAAGAGUGCAAUCCUUUCGUCCGAUACGUGAAGAUGAAAUUUGCCGAAUGGUCAAUAAAAUAUCUCAACAAGCUUCUUUAUCCAAGCUCACAAAUCUGAGCGAAAUAGCAUUAUCUCUCACAAACAAUGUUAUCUGUAGAGUUGCUUUUGGUAAAAAAUAUGAUGAUGAAGGAUAUGAGAGAAGUAGAUACCAUGAUUUACUUAACGAAACUCAAGCCAUGUUGGGAGGAUUCUUUAUCUCAGACUAUUUUCCAUUGUUUUCCUGGGUUGAUAAGCUCACUGGGUUACGUUCUCGUUUAGAGAAGAAUUUUCAUCAAAUGAAUAUGUUCUACCAAGAACUGAUUGACGACCACCUAGGUCCAAACAGGCAAAAAUCCAUACAAGAAGACUUCAUCGACAUCUUGUUACAACUGAAAGAGGAUCAAUCAGAUUCCAUGGAUAUCCCAUUAGACCAUAUUAAAGCCGUGCUCAUG